CCCCCGAAAACGCCACAACGAAAAACGAACAAGCACACAACAACAACAGCGAGACAAGCAAGAGGUGCUGUGGUGUGUUGUUGGGGGCAGACCUGACCGACCAACACCACUUUGCUUUACAUCAUCACAUCACGGCGGCGCUGGGUGCAGGCACAAUACAUAGAUAGACAGAUUGAUGGAGAAGGUGGUACCGGCAGCCGAUGUCGGCGCGCAGGUGAACCGCGGCGGGAUCAAAACCAGGGAUCAGGACACCCCCGUGCUGCUGGAGGACGGGGACGAUGGCGGGCAUGAUGUUCUGGAUGUUGAUGACGGUAGCGAUGAUGACGGCGAGCAGGACACAGCGGUGUACUCAAGCGACGACAUGGACGAUGAUGAUGAUGAUAACGACGACGACGAAAGAAGAGGAGGAGAAGGAGGGGACCACACCAGUGAGGAUAAGACGCCAAAGAAGUUGUCCUCGCUGAUCCCUUCGCCGUUUCCAACACGAUUACCGGUGCUUCGAUUCUCGUACGGGGGCGACAACGUGGAGGUGGAGGGCUUGGAUCCAAAGCUGCGCGAAGGCUUGAGAUGGAAGUUCCAGUCCACAACCCCAAAUCUCGUCAAGAAGAUGGUUCGUCGCAUCGGCUUUCACAUCACCGAACGCAACGGGUGGAUUGGUACGUGGGGCAAGCACAUCAAGGCCACCUCGUUUCGUCAUCUCCGCGCCGACCAAAAGCUCAACCACUACCCCAGACACGUAUUGUCUCCCUGGCGACAUGCAGCUGCUGAAGCGCGCCUGGGACGCUGCCGGCAGUGCUGGAAGUGGAUCCUCAAGCCGAAUGCGUCUGCGCGCGGCAUUGGCAUCCGCGUCAUCUACCAGUGGUCGCAGGUCCCCAAGCGCAAGAACUACCUCGUGCAGCGCUAUCUCUCCAAGCCAUACCUCAUCAACGACGCAAAGUUCGACCUGCGUGUGUAUGUGUACGUCUCCAGCUUUGAUCCCCUCAAGGUCUACAUCUGCAGAGAGGGGCUGGCGCGAUUUGCGACGCAGAAGUACUCCAACAAAAAGUCGAAACUCCGCAACCGCUACAUGCACCUGACAAACUACAGCAUCAACAAGAAGAGCAGCAAGUUUGUGCAGAACGACGACGUUGGUGUGUGUCAGGGCCACAAGUGGGGACUGCAGGCGCUGUGGAAAUACAUGCGCGAGCACGAUGGCGUGGACACGGACCAAGUCUGGGACAACAUCUGCGAUAUCGUCAUCAAGACGCUGUUGAGUGUGGACAGCGUCAUCAACAGUGCUGUCAAAUUCAACUGCAAGAGCCGACGCGUGUGCCACGAGCUGUUUGGGUUUGACAUCAUGCUUGCCAGCAAUCUCAAGCCAUACUUGAUUGAGGUCAACAUUUCCCCGUCCAUGGCCUCCAGCUCCCCUCUCGACAAGGACAUCAAGGGUGAGCGUUGUGCUCGCAAGGGCGACCUGGACCGCCUUGUGCCGUCACCGACGUUUGAAUCACACUUUCGCUUCAUGGACACCCCGCGGUACUACAACAUGCUCCUCUGCGAAUGGUCAAAGCGCUACCACCUCAGCCCAGGCAAAGGGGUGGAGUUCCUGCAGACGAUUGGGGAAGAGGCUCUGGCUCGCGCGCAGAGCGGCAGCACACGCACGCGCCAGCUGCCGUCCUCCCACGCAACCAGCUUCACGUCAAAGAACCAGUUCUACAUGGCGCCGACGAAGCCAAAGGGGCGACACCAGCUGCCGAGCUUAGCACGCUCCCGAUCACAGGCCAGCGGCAGCGCCAGCUCCACUACCACCACCACCACCACCACCACCACAGCGACACAUCGGUUGGGCGUGCCUGCAGGCAAACAAGAAGAGCAAGGACACGAGGAGCAAGGAGAGGAGGUGGUGGUGGCGGAGUAUGUGGAAGCGGGUGAGGACAGUAGCGGGAACUUGAGGGCAGCUCGCGCGGUAGCGAUAUCAUCGGCACCAACACCGCGGAAACAGCAGCGUGAAGACGACUUGGAGAGGGCUCGGGAACGAGUGGCAAAGGGCCAGCGGCUGCGGCGCGUGGUGAGCACAGGCAGCAGCACAAGCAGCAGCGGUCGCACAACGCGCGGCAGCGAGGCCGGCAGCGCUGGGUCGGAGCGUACAGUCGUAUUGGCGGCGAGCGGACGCCCGCGCCCACCCGUCGCUGCUGCCGACGAUGGGAAACACGGCAGCUGGAGGAAAGCGAGGAGAAGAAGUUGGCAGAGGGCAAGAGGCGGCCGGCGUGAUCGGGGUGAUUGGAGUGACAGGAGUAAUGUGAGUGAUGGACGUAGUAAUGCUGAUGAUGGCGGUGGUGGCGAUGAUGACGGUGGGUGGACGGAUGUUCCGUCAGGGUAUGAUUUCGAUGCCGGGGUUGCAGCGUUUGAUGAAGCCGAAGGGGAGGAGUGUGAAGAUGAGGAUGUUGAAGACGAGGAAGACACUGCGGAUGGUGGCGGUGAUGGUGGUGAUGGUGACAUGUGCACCAAUGGUCGUGUUGAUGGCGGGUUGACUGUGGACGAGAGCUUCCUGGAUGACGAUGUGCAUGUGGUGUGGCCGCAUGGCCGCCGCAGCAGUGGUGGCAGCGAGCUGAAAGGCGAGCAGCUGCUGUCCGCUGUUCUGCGCGACACAAAUAAAGGGCGCCAUCGCCAGCACCGCCAGCACCCGCGUCCGGUAUUCCGGACAUCAGCGCGGUCGUCUCGCUCCUCUUCACGCGGCUCCUCGCGGCCAGGCUCUGCGCUCCUGCUGCGGUCGCCCACACACCCGCACACGUCACCGCUACCGCCACCUGGUGCAGAGGACAUGGACGUGAAGAACUGGUCUGCGCGUUCAUCGCUCCAGGCCACGCUGUCAUCCACACUUGAGCCUGCGCUACAGCAGGCGCUCAGGGAAAGCACAGAGGAGGAGGAGGAGGAGGAGGAGGAGGAGAGCAAUGGCGAUGGUGGUGUUGGCAAUGGUGGUGUUGGCAAUGGUGGUGUUGGUGUCGGUGGUGGUGGUGGUUGUGAUGAUGGGUUCAGACAGGACGAGCGGGAUCGGCAAUACAGCGAUCGCAGCAUGAGCGCAAUAUUGUUGCAGCGACACAACCCACGGGGCAGCCCGACACGGCGAGGAAGCAACACCAGCACCACCAAUGCUGCUGGUGGAGGGGCAAGAGGUGGAGUUCUCGGUGGGCUGGUGCAGCGCCCACCAAGCGGCCGGCCAACCUCCUCACAGCAACAGCAGCGAUGGUCUGCCAGUUCGCGCAUUGCCUCUGCAUCUCGUGGGCUGCACCGCCGGCGCGACGUCACGUCCGCUCGCAGAGCCCGCGGCACUGGGUCGGCGACUCAGCGCCCUGCUGGGUCUGCGCGCCAGCGCAGCGUGUCCAACAUCAACCUCGCCUUCACCAUUGGCCCCGCCCCCGUGCAGCAACAACACCUGAGGGGUGGCAGCGGUGGCAGAGCAGCAGACACGUCGCGCCCAUUGCACACGAGCAGGCGAAACCAGGGACGGCCGCUCUCCAUCAUGGGCACGCGAUGUGAUAGUGCGUCAAAAAGAGGGCGGGAUGGUAGCGGCGGUAGCGGCAGAGGAAGCGCUCGCCAGCAGCACGGGGAACGAAGGAACGCCUCGGGACAGAGGGCAACCACGGCGGCGGCGAUGAUGAAUACGCCGGCAGUACCCGUGGCUGAAGCCACAACCGCACAGAUGAUGGCAAGGCUGGCGCGGUUCUCGUGA